AUGCUUCUGAUAAGUAAAACAGGACCUUUUGACAGCGAUGCCAAUGAAUCAUCUGUUGACAAGGGCUUUAUUUUAUUCCCAGAAAAAGAUGGCAAACCUGAGCCCCAGAAAGGAUGGAGACGGCCAUUUGUGUCAGAGUUUCCUCUUUUUAACAACUCAUCAGUCAGUCCAGAGUCACUACAACCAAAUGCUAAACCAGUAUUUGAGCCCAAAUCUCUGGAACCAACUGAAUCUGAAACAGUUGAAGGUUUAACAACUGCUCCUGUUCUCAAAAAGGGACUUACACCAGAUUCACAAGAGAAAAACAUGAAGCCAUCUCAACUCAAAAAAAAUGUUAAUCCUGAAAAGUCCAACAAAGAAGGCAAAGAGAAGAGAAAGUGGAUAAAGGAUGCCCCAGAGGAUUAUCCUGAAAACUGGGUAAUUCCUUCACCUGCAACAGCAUUUGCCAUGCCAGAUCCAUUGAAAGGCUCUAACCGUCCACCAAAGUUUAAGCCAAAAAGACCAAAAUCAAAUGAUUUAAAGAACUGGACACCUGAGUUCACAUCACACAAGACUGCAGAAUCCUCUGGUCAAAACAUAGAUCUGGAGAUGACAACUUCAGAAAGACCAGCAUCAGGGCAGAGACCAAAGUCUCCAUACCGAGUGACGGAACAAAAUGAAUCAUCAACUGAUGACCAAGUUCCCUAUAGUCUUUAUCCUGAUACUAAGACACCCAUGCUGUGAUUCAAUUGACUUUAAACUGAUUUAUGUCAAAUUUAUAGAAAUUGAUUAUUUUGUGAUUUUAUUCUUCCGUCCUUUAUUUUGUGAUUUAAUUAUUCCGUCCAUUUUAGACUGUGAUAGAGUUACUCUUCUAGUUUUGUUUAAGUAAUUGCAUAUAUUUACAUAAACUUUUAUAAUCUUAUUUUGUGUUAAAAAGUCCGUCCAUAAACAUUAAAGAAUCUGCUUUUAAGACAAAAUUAACCAAAAAUAGUAAUAAUUCUCUAUGGCUGAAACUAUAUUGUUUUAUUUGUUUUCUUGGGGAAAAAAUCUUACAGUUGACCAAUCUUGUCUUUCAUUAUUUAGUAUUUAUUUUAUUCAGUAUUCAAAUAUUAUACAACUUAUACUUGAUAUGUUUAUUACAUUAAAAGCUAUAUGAUAUAAUGAUGAAAUACAAUAAAAGUAGCAUUUCAAAGUCUUUAUAACUAUUGAUAGAGAAUUUAAA